CCUCUUUGCGCGCACAUGCAAAGGUCAGCCAGACGUAUCGUCACGCACACAGUCCGCAGACCUUCCUGAUCUGGAACCGUUUUCGAUUGGCCCCUCAGUCUCGCCUCUCAACGCCCCGCGCGCCGUAUAUCAAUCCACUGCCCACCAUGCCGCGCUCUUUGUCCUCCACAGGCGUAAGCACCGCCGUCAUGACUUCGCAAGAGGAGCCCGUCCAGCGCUUGCGCCGUCCGGCCUACGGCACUUUCCAGGACCAGCACCACCGACGCCACUCGUGGCACACCAGGCCCUGCGUCCAGGAAGCCGAGAACUUCCACUUGAUGCUGCGCCACUUCCUUGCCGACCUCAAUUGCAGACUGGACUUUCUUGAAGACUAUGGCCACCUCAAAUACGACGCAGGCGUCGAAUACACAUACACAACCCUCCUUACCGUGCGCGAAGCAUGCUCGAAAAUUUCCGACGGCGCUCUCGAAGCCGGACGCCGCCAAGCAUCCGUCUUCGUGGAGACUCUCGAGGAGCGAUACAAAGAAGCGCUGGAGUCGCAAGAGACGCUGGGCGAGAAGGUCAUGGAAGGCAUACAGCUCAUGGACUCGUAUCUGACCGAGUUUGAGACCCGCGCAUACGCCUUGAAGGACGCCACGAUUGGAUCAUACGCUCACGACAUGUACGAGAGUGGGCGAAGGAGGAUGGACGAAGGUAUCGAAGCUGCCAAGGGCGUGGUCGACAGCGGUCUUGACAAGGCUCGUCGCGCCCGCGAGACUGUCGAGGUUACGAUUGAGCAAAGUGUACAACGUGCGUUAGCUCGUGCAAAGGAACACGGCCUGAUCCGCUACAACGACCUGCCGGAGCCCUGGAAGAUCAAUCCCCACAUCAUCAAGGGGUAUCGCUUCUCAGAGGGCAAGUGGGCCUGCGUUCGCUCUGUGUUCGGCUUCCACAACGAGCUCGUUAAUAUUUGGUCUCACCUUCUGGGCUUCAUCAUGGUUCUUGCACUGGCUUUCUACUUCUACCCGUCCAGCGUCAAUUGGAGCCAGUCAAGCAAAGCCGACAUCUUCAUUGCCGGCGUCUUCUUCUUCGCCGCAUGCAAGUGUCUGGCCUGCUCCACCAUCUGGCACACCAUGAGCAGUAUCUCCGAGCAGACCCUGCUCGAGCGCUUCGCCUGCGUUGACUACACCGGCAUCUCGCUCCUAGUGGCUGCCUCCAUUCUCACCACCGAGUACGCCGCCUUCUACUGCGAGCCCAUCUCGCGCUGGUCCUACAUGGUCCUCACCGCCGGCCUCGGUGUCGGCGGCGUCAUCCUCCCCUGGCAGCCCCGCUUCAACCGCGCCGACAUGGCCUGGCUGCGCGUCGCCUUCUACUGCACGCUCGCGCUGACCGGCUUCAUCCCCUUCUUCCAGCUCUCCUGGACCCGCGGGCCCCAGUGGGCGCUGUACUUCUACGCACCCAUCACCAAGAGCCUGCUUGUGUACAUCACCGGCGCCGUCUUGUACGCCAGCAAGUGCCCCGAGCGCUGGUGCCCGGGCGUCUUUGAUUACAUCGGCUGCAGCCACAACAUCUGGCACAUGGCUGUGCUGGGCGGCAUCUUCUUCCAUUACAAGGCUAUGCAGGCCAUGUUUACGUCUGCGUUGACGAGAGCGCAGGUUGGCUGCUCGGUUUAUUAGAGUUCUAUACUUUCUUUGAGUCACGUUUGUGGUUGGUUUGCUGCAUUUAGCGAAGCAUUUGGAGCGGAUGCAUAUAGAGAUGCUGGUUAGAAGUCCUUGGAGAUUUAGAUUUGCGUAUAUGCUU